UUUAUUCCAACAACAGUGCUUUUUCGGUAAUUUCGGUUCACAAAAUGCAUUCAACUUUGUUGCUAACAUUCGGUGUGUUGCUCGUGCUAACUAAUCACACAAACCAUUGCCAGGGUAAUGAAAGUCCGGGAUUUUUUUUGAAGAUCACUAAAAAUGUACCGCGCUUAGGCAGACGUUCGGAUAGUUAUUUCUUAAAGAAUAUGAAGGCAAUACCGCGCAUCGGCCGCCGUGAUGAUGAGACACUCAGCGCCACCAUUUCGCCCUCGCUCUCAAAGCGUUUGGUUCUCAAUGCAGCUGCAGCGGCUGCUGCCGCCGAACGAGAGUACAGUUUGGUGCAGCCCGUUACUUCGAACACACUCAUCGAACUUUUGAAUAAGAAUGCAAUCGCAACGGAUAAAAUAAAAUUUGUCCAUUGGAAAGAUUUCGAUCAUGCGCUGCAAAUGGACACCGAAUUGUAUGGCAAACUUAUUUCGUUGGGUCGUAAGCCUGAUCAGCGUCUUAAGGAGGAUCUGAAUGUGGAUAUGACGAGCGGAAUUACGCCACUAUUGUCCAAUUCGAAUAAUGACGAUUAUAUAUUUUACAACAGAGAUGCCGAAGAGAUGUAUGCACCCAAGUAUGGCGGCGAUUUUGUGCGUUACAAUCAGUUGAAGUAGAAUAACUCAGGCUAAUUAAUUGCAUUGGAACUUUGUAUUUACGUGAACAUAAAAAAUGUUAACUAUUUUUAGUUCGUCCGGCGCGAGCAUAU